AUGAAUGUCGGUCAGGAGAGCACUCUUCAGGGCCGUUUUCAGGCCUUGAUAUUUAUGGUUGUCAACCUGGUUCUGCAGUACCACCAACACCAAGGCGAGCCCGAUGCUGUGCUCAUCAAUCAAGCUUUUCAAAUAAAAGCAGUAGGAGAGAUCAAGACUUGGUGGAUUGACGCCCACCAACUGGGACAAUCCCUACCAGAAACGGCGUGGCUGCGACGCAUUCUUGCUCAGCCCGUGGAUUAUAUGCUGGAACACCAAUGCAAGUAUGGUUUCAUUACUACGUACGAAGAGAGCAUCUUUCUACGCCAAGUCAAAUACAGUGAUGGGACCUGGGGUAUUGAGCACUCUCCACUGGACUCGGGAUUCGACCUGGCCCGCGUUUCGACAUCUGGUGAAGCUGUAUUGUCGACAAGACAGUGUUUUUAUCACUUUUCCUGUGCGGCAGAGCAGAAUGGCGACGUGAAUAAUCCUACUCCGCGUAAGGACUGGAUAAAGGAGCUGUAA